CCUACAUCUAUUUAAACAUUCAACAAACUAUGAGCCCCUUCGCUUGAACAUUCAACAAACUAUGGGCGUUCCUCAUGGAAGGUCGGCCGUGUGAGGACAAUCUGUGCCUGGAAGCGCUUGGCAUCGUGAGAGUCUUGACCUUUGGUAGUCGCUUGAAUCCGUCACUCGAAUGGAGAGCUGAUGCCAAAUUGUCCAACCGUGCUUAUGAUAUUGAGGAUCAUCCUUGUGCCGACUUGCUGGCCGUGCUGCCUAGUGCCAUGAGGGAGAUCGACAAGAUCAUGAAGUCUCGUCAAGAGAAAUUCGGUGAUGUCGGUGAUGAGAAAUUCGAAGCAAAGCCAAAGCGAGGCUCUGGAAAAGAGCAAGCGAAGGGCUCUGAGCCUCAGGAGCCUAGGUUGCCAGCUGUUUUAGUGCACUGUGCCUCUGGCAUCAGUCGCUCCGUAGCGGUGUGCACUGCGUGGCUGAUGCUUCGACAGGCCUUGGAGUUGCAGGAGGCGCUGCAGAGGGUGAAGAAAGCCCGGCCACAAGCUUUGCCGAAUCACGGCUUCGUGCAAUGCCUUCAAAUUCUCGAAGAUGAGAAGGGUGACCUGCAAGCAGCCUCCAAGCGCUGGCAGAAGUCCAAUGACAUCAGCCAGAAUUCCAGAACUCGAAUGGUGUCAAAGCUGAGACGAAAGGCGGACGACACGGCGGCACGUGCGGCCAAGCUAGAAGAGGAGCUGCAAGGGGCACAAAAAGGUCUUGAUUCUCCAGAAGGUUUGGCACAACUACAGCUGACUGUGCGGCGUUUGCGGAAGUUGCGCAAGGACAUUGAACAGCAAAGGCCUCGAAACACCAUCGACGACGCAGUUGCGAGCUCUGUUAGGAAGAACACGGCUGAGAAGGUGUGUCAUCUCUUGUCGAUCUGGGAGCCCAAACUUCCUUUAGAAGAGAAACAAGAUGGUGACACAGUCUCCUCAGAAGAGUGGUCACACAUGGAACCCUCCCCUGUAGACUCGCCUGCAGAGCUGGCAGGAGCCUCCCUUCUGAAUCCAAAGCAUCUGCAUGUGGUGCGCACGAUUCCGUGUGUGCGGAUAGUCGUUUCUUUGUAACAUCAUUUUCUGACCUCCGUUCCGACAAACAGGUCAGGCGUUGAGGUCACACUCUGUCCGUUUCACCAUUUCACCCGGUGCAAGAUGUUAGGAACGGCUGCAAAAGAAAGGGCUUUUGGUUGUACAUUCAUCACGAAAUGAUCAUCGUAUACUGAUGUUUGCUUAUCGGAGUCCAUUAAGAGUCAUUAAGUUGACAUGGUG